GAGCGGCCCCGCAGGAGCAGGUCCCCCCUCUUCAGCGAGCGCAGGUCCAGGCAGAGCAAAUCCCCCUCUCGAACCCGCUCGCCCAUCAGGAGGGUGAGGAGCAGAUCUGCAGAGAGGAAGAGAAGAGAGUCGGAGAGGAGGCGUCUGUCUUCUCCCAGAACACGGACCAGAGAUGACAUCCUGUCCAGACGUGAGAGGUCCAAGGACAUCAGCCCCCCCAGCAGGUGGUCCCCCUCCAGGAGGAGGUCCCGCAGCCCCAUCAGGAGGAGGUCUCGCUCCCCGCUGCGGCGCAGCCGCUCCCCGCGCAGGAGGAGCCGCUCUCCUCGCAGGAGGGACAGAGGCCGAAGGAGCAGGUCUCGCCUCCGAAGGAGGUCCAGGUCACGCGGUGGCCACAGGCGUAGGAGCAGAAGCAAAGCUAAAGAGGACAAGUUUAAAGGCAGUCUUUCUGAGGGGAUGAAAGCUGAGCAGGAGUCUUCGUCAGAUGAAAACCUUGAAGACUUUGAUUUGGAAGAAGAGGAUGAGGAAGCAGAGAUAAGACAAAGAAGGUUACAGCGGCAGGCGAUAGUUCAGAAGUACAAAGGGCAGGCAGAGGACAGCAACCUGUCGGUGCCCUCGGAGCCCUCCAGCCCCCAGAGCAGCCCGCGCAGCCGCUCCCACUCCCCCGAGGGCAUCCUGGAGAGGGUGGCUGCCGACGUGAAGGAGUACGAGCGGGAGAACGUGGACACCUUCGAGGCCUCGGUGAAGGCCAAGCACAACCUCAUGACUGUGGAGCAGAACAACGGUUCAGCUCAGAAGAAGCUGCUGGCUCCUGACAUGUUCACAGAGUCAGAUGACAUGUUUGCUGCAUACUUUGAUAGUGCUCGUCUCAGGGCUGCUGGGUUUGGAAAAGACUUCAAAGAAAACCCCAACCUCAGGGAUAACUGGACUGAUGCAGAAGGCUACUACCGUGUGAAUAUAGGUGAAGUCCUAGACAAACGUUACAAUGUCUAUGGCUACACGGGUCAGGGAGUCUUCAGCAACGUGGUGAGAGCCAGGGACAUGGCCAGAGCAAACCAGGAGGUGGCUGUCAAAAUCAUCAGGAACAACGAGCUCAUGCAAAAAACUGGCCUGAAAGAACUGGAAUUUUUGAAGAAGCUCAACGAUGCAGAUCCUGAUGACAAGUUCCAUUGUCUGCGGUUGUUCAGGCACUUCUACCACAAACAACAUCUCUGCCUGGUAUUUGAGCCACUCAGCAUGAAUUUACGAGAGGUGUUGAAGAAGUAUGGGAAGGAUGUGGGGCUCCAUAUCAAAGCUGUGCGUUCCUACAGCCAGCAGUUGUUCCUGGCUUUAAAACUCCUCAAAAGAUGCAAUAUUCUACAUGCAGACAUUAAACCAGAUAAUAUUUUGGUGAAUGAGUCUAAAACAAUCUUGAAGCUUUGUGAUUUUGGAUCGGCUUCCCACGUGGCAGAUAACGACAUCACACCCUAUCUAGUCAGUAGAUUUUAUCGAGCUCCAGAGAUCAUUAUAGGAAAAAUCUAUGACUAUGGUAUAGAUAUGUGGUCUGUAGGCUGCACGUUGUAUGAACUGUAUACAGGAAAAAUACUCUUUCCUGGCAAAACCAAUAACCACAUGUUGAAACUAGCCAUGGAUCUCAAAGGAAAGAUGCCAAACAAGAUGAUUCGAAAAGGUGUGUUCAAAGAUCAGCACUUUGAUCAAAAUCUCAACUUUAUGUAUAUAGAAGUAGAUAAAGUGACAGAAAGGGAGAAAGUUACAGUUAUGAGCACCAUUAAUCCAACCAAGGACCUGUUAGCAGACUUGAUUGGGUGCCAACGACUCCCUGAAGACCAGCGUAAAAAAGUGCACCAGCUGAAGGACUUGUUGGACCAGAUCCUAAUGUUAGACCCGGCUAAACGGAUUAGCAUCAACCAGGCUCUGCAGCACCCCUUCAUCCAGGAAAAAAUUUAAACCAGAUGAAGAAGUUCAAAGGGUUUGAGUAAUUAAGAUACAAAGACUGAAGAAAUUUCACAGCAGUUAUUAAUGUAUAUAAACAUAAAUAUUUCCCCUGCAAAGUUGAGGAAGAAAUGAUACAUUUGAAUUAACAUCAAGGCUGAUAUUUCUUUUAGAAAUGUUAGAGUAAUUCUGUUUUGUGUCUUAUGUGAAAAUUUUCACUGUAGAACUGUUUUAAUUGCCAAGACUGCACAGAAGUACAAUGCUAAUGUAUAUGGUUGCAGUUCGUAUAUAUUAUAAAAAGGAAAAAAAAAAAAGCAUCUGUUAUAAAAAAAAAAAGAGAGAAAAAAAAAAAAAGAGCAGUAA